UUUCUUCCUGCAAGUUUGAAUGGUGCGACCACGACCAUUACUCGGCAGCCGCAGAGUGGCUCUGCCUCGGCCACGAGGUUGACCAAUCCGACCCUUUGAAAAAUGUCGUCGUCGUCCUUCCCCACUUCACGAGACCGCUCUGCAAUCGGCAUCCAUCCCACCCACCCAUUGAUUGAGCUCUGUUUCUUUCUACUAGAGAGAGGGGAGAGAGGCAGAGACAGAGAGAAAAGCUUCGAGCUUUAAGCUUCGUUCCCGAUGGCCAAGUGCUUCAGCUUCACGGCGACGAGGGACCGGUGCCUCCGCUUCUCCUUCUCGCAGUCGGGCCUCAAGUUCACCCUCACCGACCUCGGCGACGGCACGGUGAUGCAUUGCUGGGUCCCCAGGAGGCCCAAGCCGGCGAGGCCCGACCUCCUUCUCCUCCACGGCAUCGGGGCCAACGCAAUGUGGCAGUGGAACGACUUUGUCUCCCCGCUCGCCGCCCGCUUCAACGUCUACGUCCCCGACCUCAUCUUCUUCGGGGACUCCUACACGACGAGGCCCGAGCGUAGCGAGCAGUUCCAAGCCCAGUGCGUGGCUGCUCUGAUGGAGGCGAUGGGGGUGAAGAAGAUGAAUGUGGUGGGGAUGAGCUACGGAGGGUUCGUGGCGUACAGCAUGGCUGUCCAAUUCGGGGAGAAGGUGGAUAAAUUGGUGCUAAUCUGCGCGGGGGUGUGCCUGGAGGAUAAGGACAUGGAGGAGGGGAUGUUCAGGGUUCGGAGCGUGGACGAGGCGGUGAGCGUGCUGCUGCCCCAGCAGCCGGAGAAGGUCCGGGACUUGAUCCGCGUUGCGUUCCACCGGCCGCCCAAGCGGAUGCCCACUUGCUUCCUCCAGGACUUCAUCGAUGUAAUGUGCACAGAUUAUCUUCAGGAGAGGAUGGAAUUGAUUGUUGCCCUACACAAGGACAGAAAACUGUCCAACAUACCAAAGCUAGCUAAGUCGCCGCUGAUCAUUUGGGGGGAGCACGACGUUGUGUUUCCGAUGGAGUUGGCUGAAAGAUUGAAACGGCAUGUGGAUGGAAAUGCACAACUGGUGGUCAUAAAGGAUGCAGGGCACGCCAUCAAUGCAGAGAAGCCCAAAGAGAUGUGCAAGAUCUUAAAAACUUUCCUUGUUGAUCCGCCUGCUUCACAUGAGCCUGGAAACCAGAUGAACGGCCAGAAGGCGGACUGAAGGCAUUGCCUGGCCAAGGUUUCAGUCAUAUAGUACUCGUGGAAUGUAUGGCAUUUUCAGGAUAGCACUGGAAAUUUUGAAUUACUACUGUAAUCCAUGCAAGAUGAGGACAGCAAAUGCAAUUAUAGAAUAUAGAAAAAGCAUAUCCUUUAA